AUGGCAGAUCACCUCCCCCAAAAACAAGCAUCCCUGGAGCCUGCUGCUGAGAUUGCUAUCCCGGAAACCCCAAUAGAGGCCCGAAGCGGACAGUCAACACCGUCAGAUGAGUUACCAGCGAAUACCCUCGGGAAAAAUGGGUUUAUUUCUCCUAGCAUACCUGCCUCAUCUUCCGAUAUAACUCCUCCACCUUCCCAGAGCCUCGGGAAUAUUUCCACACCUCGCAGGCGGUCCCUCUCCCGAUCUAACUCGUUACUUGCCUCACCACCAGCAACUGUGGAUCAGACCCUCUGUGUUGCCUACGGCGCAUCCGAAAGUCUGCCCACUCUGGCAGAUAUUGAUACUGCAAAUGAUGAACCUCUUCGGAUCAUUGCAAAAGAGCUUUUAUCCGUGGCGCAGGAGUCUCGAAUGUCUGCCGCACACUUCAAACUUCAACAUAGCCUGCUUUCAAUGACUAGCAGUGAGGCUAUUAAGCGUGCUGAAGUUGAGCAGCAGCUUGCUAAACGAGAAAUUGAAAUUUUGCAGAGCGCUGAAUACCGUUUACGCCAAACUCAACAUGUUAAAUCCCCGCCAUCACCAUUGCCAACACCACAACAGCAACAAAAUACCGUGUUAAACUCUGCAUUAAAUCGAGCCAAAGAGCUCGAAGAAACAAAUCUAGUGUUAGAACGAAAGCUUCGUCGUGCAACGAAAAUUAUAGAAGAAGAUGCCGAUAAGUACGAACUACUGAUGGAAGAAAAUUGUCGACUGAAAAAGCGUAUUCGGGAUAAUCGCGAUCAUUUUACUCUCAUGAUGGACCAUGGCUCACUUUCUUCCAGCCCGCGUACUGAACUCCAUACUCCGCAACAAAAACUGAUUUCCCGUUAUCCCGAUAGCGCUCGGUCUCCUGUCAACAGGGUUGGUGGCCAGGACCCCUUUGCAGUUCUCCUUGCCGCAGAUCAAGUGCUUCAUGGGGAGGCUACAAGCAUCAAAUCUUCCUUGCCAUCAAAGAGUAGCCACAGGGGCCACGGCCAUAUUCGUGGCACGCAUUCCCUUUCAUCGUUACCAACAACUCCUCAACGAAGAGGCGGAGCGGUUGAGCGAAUUCAUUUCUUUACUCCGGUUAACCAACGGUCUACGGCACCUCCUGUGGGCUACCCUAUCAUUCACGAUCGCGAUGACGCCGACCGGCAUGAUCGUGACAGCACGAUCUCAGUUUCAGACGUUGACGAGGCAGUAACCGACGAAGAUGUGCCUGCCUCGCAAGCAAGCUCCCUUGCAACCAGCAUGCUGCGACGCUUCCCUGGUGCUAGCCAGGAGGAACCACAAGUCCCUGCCAACAUAGGCAAAUCUAGCACUUUACUUCAAGCAAAACUAUUUGGGCACAUCAAGAAGCCCGGCGUUGAGCGCUCCACAGAUAACUUGAAGCGGAAGCGUAGCCAUGAAGUAAAGACACUGUCCCCCAAGAAGGUCCGCACAAUGGAGCCCAUUUACGUUAAUAUGAAAUCAUGA